AUGGCCGACACGUUGAACGUGCGGGCGAUUUCAGGCGACCUGGUGCUGGCGCUCACUGCAGAAGAACUGCAGGCAUGGGCCAGCGCGCAGGGUCUCAAGGGUGUGACUGUGCUGAUGCUCAAGCAGCGCCUACAAGGCAUUUGCGGACUUUCGAGAUUCCGACAGAGGAUUCUGGCGCGCAGCGCAGUGCUGCACGAUGUCAUCCAUGUGCAGGCGCCCGGAGAGCUGCAGUUGGCGCGCCUCCCUUUUGCAGAGGCCUCCAAGCAAGAGAUCGCCGCGCUCCUCCUGGCGUGCCAUGAAGAGGACUUCGAUCUCGUGGACGAAAUCCUCCACAGGCCCCAAAAUCCAGAUCUCAGCAACGACAGGGGCUUAACGGCAUUGGUCGCUGCAACAGAAGUUGGCAACGCAGACAUCGCCACCCUCCUGCUGGAGGCAAACGCGGACAAGAACUUGGCCGACAGUUUCGGAGCCACGGCUCUUUCUGUUGCAUGCGAAGGACGAUUUACACAGGUCGCGAAUGUCUUGAUCGAGGCCCGUGCAGAUGUCAACAAGGCCAAGCUCCAGGGCGAAGCGCCCUUGCUGACGGCCUGUCGGACUGGUGUGCAAGCCAUUGUUGAGAUGCUGCUGCGGGCCAGAGCCAAUUUGAACCAGGUGAAUGACAACGGCGAGAGCCCUCUCUACCAUGCUGCGAAACAAGGUCAGUGGGGUUGUGCCCGCAUUCUAUUGGAAGCUGGAGCACAGACGGAUCUUUGCAGCUGCAACGGAAAGCAUUCGGGUGGCACGCCGCUCUUCAUUGCUUCUUCCAUCGGCUCGCUUCAGAUCGUGGACUUACUCUUGCGUUUCCGAGCGGACACAGAGAAGGCCACCGAUGCAGGAAGCACUCCGCUAGGAGUAGCGUUUGACAUCAACCGCCUGGAUGUGGUAAAGCUGCUCUUGGGGGCGGGUGCUGGCAAGAAGAUGAGCCGACCAGCCAGCAUCGUUCUGGACUUUGCGGCGAGAGUGCGGCCAAAGGAUCGUCUGCUUUGUGCUGCAGCUCGGGCGGGAGACCUUGAGGUGGCGUCACUUCUGCUGGAGGCCCAUGCAGAGAUUGACACCUUCGACCCUCGUGUGGAAGAAGGGCCCCUUAGCGAAGCCUGCGCCUUCGGAUGUCUUGACAUGGCCCGCAUGCUGGUGGAGGCUGGGGCCGAUGUGAAUGGAAGAGCUGAAGUUUCAGGUCUCUUCUAUGCAUGCCAGUAUGGCCAUCUAGAAGUGGCGCAGCUACUGUUGGAGGUCCGUGCUGACGUCCACCAAUGCACCCUUGCCGGAAUCUACCCUCUCAUGGUAGCAUGUGGAGGUGGGCACAUGGAGGUGGUCCAACUGUUGCUGGAGGCUUCUGCCCAGAUUUUCGAAGUGGCCAACCAUGGCGAGUCGGCACUUUCCGAAGCCUCACGGCACGGCCACGUGGACUUGGUCCGUCUCUUGCUGGAGAGAGGUGCAUGGGCCGCAAACUCUUUAGCCGAUCCACUGAUGGGCCCAGACCAGCUGGAAUCGCCCCUGACUGCAGCUGCCGGCUGGGGUCACGUGGAGGUGCUUCGCCUUCUGCUGGAGGCCCGCGCUGAGGUGAACCAUGUCCACGAAGACGGGGCGACGGCUCUCCGCGAGGCAGCGACCUACGGCCAUGUCCUGACGACCCAGCUGCUGCUUGAGGCAGGCGCUGACGCCAACGCCCUUGAGCCGGGCCGCUGGGACUCGGACCCACCUCUCGUCGCGGCCUCCGGCUAUGGCCAUCUGGAAGUUGUCCGCCUGCUCCUGGCAGCCCGUGCCGAGGUCGGCCGAUCGGUCGGAGGAUCUGCUCUCGCCCAAGCAGCCUGCUUCGGACAUCUCGACGUGGUCCGCGAGCUCGUGUGGGCUGGCGCUUAG